GUUUUGAACGCUGGUGCGGGCGGCUCGAGAUGCAGCGCUGCCGGGGACCCGGGGCCACCUGCCCGGAGCAGGAGGAGCCGGAAUGCAGCAUUCAAGAAAAGAUUGACUUUGAAAUCCGCAUGCGAGAGGGAAUCCGUAAACUGCUUGCAGUGAGCACCCAAAAAGACCAAGUGCUGCAUGCAGUUAAAAACCUGAUGGUUUGCAAUGCUCGCGUUCUUGCCUACAAGACAGAACUACAGAAACAAAAAGAGGAACCAGUCACGUACAGAAUAGGAGGAAGGUGUUCAGAUGUUCGGACUAAAGAGCGUGCAGCAUGUAGAGGAAAGGUUGCCAUAUCAGAUAUUCGCAUACCAUUAAUGUGGAAAGGCUCUGAUCACUUCAACAAUAAAGAAAGAUCACAGCGCUAUGCAAUUUUUUGCUUAUUCAAAAUGGGAGCUGAGGUUUUUGAUACAGACAUGGUUAUUGUGGAUAAAGCAAUAACUGAUAUCUGUUUUGAAAAUGUAACCAUAUUUGAUGAAGCGGGGCCAGACUUCCAAGUAAAGUUUGAAGUGUAUAGUUGCUGUACAGACCAAUCUCCAACUAUAACAAACACUCCUAAGAAGCUAGCCAAGAAGCUUAAGACAUCGAUUGGUAAAGCUACUGGAAAGAAAAUCAACUCUUUGCUAGAAGAAGACAACCCUGAAUCCUUUUCAUUCACUGACCCAAUCAUACCUGGUGCAAAAUACAGUUUGCUGGCACAUACCACUUUGGGGUUGGAGAGUGCUGAGGACAAUUUCAGGACCCACAACCUUACCAUUACAGGAAAUGAGGAGUCGUCGUUCUGGUUUCCCUUAUAUGGAAGCAUGUGUUGUCGUUUAGUUGCUCAGCCAUUCUGCAUGGCCAAGGAUGUGAUGUCAGGAUUUCUUAAUCAGCAGCAAAUGGUAGGAAGCCUGACUAACUGGAGGAGGCUGUACUGUGUACUAAGAGGUGGUAAACUCUUUUGUUAUUAUACACCCGAAGAAAUUGAAGCUAAAGUGGAGCCAGCUUUGACAGUUUCCAUCAACAAGGAAACCAGAAUCCGUGCUGUGGAUAAGGGCACCGAGAAAAGAAUUAAUAACUUUACUGUUAUCAACCCUGUGGAUGGAGAGGCUGUGACUCAACUUUUUGCAGCUGACAGCAGGGAAGAACUUCAUAAGUGGAUGGAAGCUUUCUGGCAGCAUUUCUAUGAUCUUAGCCAGUGGAAACAUUGUUGUGAAGAAUUUAUGAAAAUUGAGAUUAUGUCACCACGGAAACCACCUUUGUUCUUGACAAAAGAGGCAACCUCAGUCUACCAUGAUAUGAGUAUUGAUUCUCCAGUGAAACAUGAAGGUUUAACAGAUAUCAUACAAAGGAAAAUUGAGGAGACUGAUGGAGAGUUCCUGAUUGGCCAGCAGAAGGAGUCUGUACCUUCUGUAUGGGCCCCAUUAUUUGAUGGUUCUCACCAGAUGCUUGUCCAGAAAAAUAUUGUGUUUCCAGAUGCAAAUAGUGAGAUAGUAAGUCCUAAUGAUGGCAAAGGAAAGAAAAGAAGAGCUCCGCUUCCACCGUCUGAUAAGCUACCAUACAGCUCAAAAACUCAGAUGAGCACAGAUCAGUUGGACAAGGAAAACUUGUGGAAGAAGCCUGCCAUUGCACGUAGGACCUCUUCUUCUUUUGAUGCCAAGUUAUCUUCCAUGAUGCAUCAGUUGCAGAGGCCCAUUGCUGCUCCUCGCAAACUGGUUCCUUGCAGGAAAAGCAGCUCAAUUGACAGUGAAAAUCCCCUCUCUUCAGUUACUGAGACAGAAUCUGAAACCAAACCAGUGCCAGCUCCUAGACAGAAAUCCAUCAAAAAAAUACUAGACCCUAGAUCAUGGUUGCAGUCACAGGUGUAACAUUUAGUUUAUAAAAGUGACCAACAUAUAAAGUUUACUAGUAUUUGACAUUUAUCAGUGACCUGAGUCUUUGAUAAGAACUGGGACAUUACAACUAUUUUUAAUAUAUAUAAUUCUAAGCCCAUACUUUGUAUUGCAAUCUCAGCCCUGCUUGUCACUGUCAAGAUCUAAAGAAUUUCUCUAGCAAAGUAUAAAGGGUACUGUGUGUGUGUGUGUGUGUGUGUGUGUGUGUUGUAGAAGGGAACAUCUCCAAGAUGUUUAAACCUUUGUCCUUCUCCACACUACAUGCAGUAUCUGAAAUUUCUGUGCUACCCUUAAAGCAUGGUCAUGCUCUAAAAAGUAAUUCCAAGGUUUGUUUCAGUGUCUCCAUAUCAGAUGUGCUCAAUUUAUAAAUUAAGAAGUUUUUGAACAACUCUGCCAGCUCAGUCCGAGAUCUACAAGAUUUUUUCUGGCUCGUACUGUCAGAAUUUUUUUUAAAAAUUAUUUUCAUUGCCCUUAAGUCUAUUGUCCUAGAUUUUUUUUAUUCAUACUUUUAGCUUGUCUUGUCAAUUGCCUGCAAUUUAACUUAUAUUUAUAGCCAUCAACUUCUAUUUCCUUUCUAUUAUAUAUUGACUUUUUUAUUGCUACUUUCACAUCCCCCUUUUAAUCAGGUUUUUUUAAUUAAGUAAACUGUGUGUGU